GAUUGUAGAAGGUGUACUAACCUUCAUUGGGAGUUCGUGUAAGGGGAGGGUUAAAAUCGUUGUAAAAACGAAAGAUAACAAGGAGACUGACUAUCUUAUAUGGUCAUCGAUUGUCCCCGAUGAGCUAAAGAUAAAUAGUAAGAUAAAUAUGAAGACUCUUGAAAAGAUUGUAAACGGCAAGUCUUACACAAAUGUUGUUGGGUUAAGCAUCAUCACACCAGCAGUACAACAGUCAACCCCAGCAAAACACCGAAAAAGAAUAGCUAAACGACCUACCGCCACUACCAGAAACCCAGAUGCAGACGAGGACACAGUCACACCAACCACCAGCGCAGCUGUCAGUCCCAAAAAAAUGAAAUCUAAGGGGAAGCAGCUCCCCCCACCUGCAGACUUCAUAGAUUGGGCAGCUCUGUUGGAUGAUGAUGUUUUCUACAUAACUGUGAUGGCCGCUUUUGUGAAACUUCAAAAACUUGUUGAUGAACUCAAUAACAGUUAUAAAGGGAAAGAUUUAAAGACAGAGCAGGAGUUAUUAAAGGAGUGGAAGAACCGUCAAAGUAAAGAGAAGUCAGAAAGAGAGAGACUGCUAGGAAAGUACAAGUCUAGCAAGAUACCAAGAGUUGUAACAUCUCAUAGACCAGUGGAAAUGAACGUUGGGAAACAAAUAGUCGCUGGUGGUGCUGCAUAUCAACCUCCCAAACCAAGAUAGAGAUCGUGUCAUCAGAGGUUCCAUACUUUUAUGUAAGACUACUGUCAAUUAUACAACAUACUAUUUGAUCAGAUUUAUUUGGCAUGAAUUUCCAUACAUUCGAUGGACAAGAUUCUGAAAAAAAUGAUUCUAUAGCGUUUAAUUUUGUUUCUUCAAUAAUUUG